GGAUGGUUUACUAAUUAAACAAAGCCUGAAAUCUCAAUCACCAUUAGCCACAUAUUAAUCACAGAAAACAAAGGAGAGGGUGAGGAAGAGAGAGCUUCAAUGAGAGAGAAACUUGAGGGGUUUAACAAAUUAAGAGAGAUAAACUAUGGAUGGUAAGUAUAAUACAGAUACCCAUCCAAAAUUUUGAAGAAUCCCUUUAAUAAAAGCCCCUUUCCUCCCCUUAAUUUCCACCACCACAACCACCGCCACCGGCAGCCCGCCGCGCCGCCUUUAUUAUCUUAGAUCUAAUCUGAUUGAGAGAUAACCCUUCUCUUCCAAAAAAACAAAAACCCUUUUUCUUAAACAUCUUAUUCAUCCAAACCCACCCCAAUUUACCAAUAUAUAACCAUGAGAAGACCAAACAUAAUCAACCAUGUUCAAGGUACGCCAGACCCACUUCCAAUUUUCUCUGAAUUGAAAUAAAAAAAAUUAUAAGAAACAAGUCGCUUUCUUACCUGGAGACUGAUAGAGAUAGAAAUCGAGAGAGACACGUUUGUUUUUGGGUUGGUACUCUCUCGGGCUUCUGCUCAUAUUUAAUGGUGUCUGGUUCCUGUAUAGUAGCUGGCGGAUAUUUGGUGGUUUUAAGAGUUGGUUUUCUUCAAGUGGGUUUGGAGAAUAAACAAAAACUGGAUUUGAGGUUGGGUUUGAUGAAUAUAUUGUUUGCUGGUUCUUUUGGAUAAAUUAUGUAGGUUUAGUUCCUCAAAUCCUCAUUGGUUUUUGAAUUUGGGAGGUCCCCUUUUUGGCUUUUGUCUAUAUAUAAUCGAACUUUGGUUCAACUUCAAAGAUGAAAAUGGUUAAACCAUGUUGGAGGACAAGAUGGGGAAGAGAUGUAAGCCGUGAAUUAGGAGGAAUGAAUGGUCGUGCUGAUGGUUUGCUUUGGUAUAAGGAUUUGGGUAAUCAUUUAAGUGGCGAAUUCUCCAUGGCAGUUGUUCAAGCCAAUGUAAUGUUAGAGGAUCAAAGCCAACUUGAAUCUGGUCCCCUUAGUUUACAUCCAGCCGGUCCUUAUGGGACCUUUAUCGGAGUUUAUGAUGGUCAUGGUGGUCCAGAGACUGCUAGAUUUGUAAAUGAUAGUCUCUUCCUCAACUUGAAGAAAAUUGCUUCUGUGGAUCAAGAGAUGUCAUCCGACGUUAUAAAGAAGGCGUUUUUGGCUACAGAAGAUGAUUUUCUUUCGGUUGUGCAGAAACAGUGGCACGAUAGGCCACAGAUGGCAUCUGUCGGGGCUUGUUGCCUCGCUGGAGUAAUAUGCAAUGGGCUUGUGUACAUCGCGAAUGCUGGAGACUCUCGUGUUGUUUUAGGAAGAGGACAGGCGGGUAUCAAAGGUAUCUCAGCUGUUCAGCUUUCAACCGAGCAUAAUGCCAGUUUUGCAUCGAUUAGGGAAGAGCUUCGAGGUAUGCAUCCUUUCGACUCCGAAAUUGUUGUUCAGAAGCACAAGGUUUGGCGCGUUAAAGGCAUUAUUCAGGUUUCAAGAUCCAUAGGGGAUGCUUACCUGAAGAGAUCAGAAUUCAACAAAGAACCAUUGCUGGCGAAAUUUAGACUGCCAGAACCGUUUUUCAAACCGAUUCUUAAAGCAGAGCCAUCAAUAUUCAUACACAAGGUUAAUCCAAGAGACCAGUUCCUCAUAUUUGCAUCAGAUGGUUUGUGGGAGCAUCUUACCAACAAGGAGGCUGUUGAUAUAGUCAACACUUAUCCAAGAAAUGGGAUUGCGAGGAAACUAGUGAAAUCAGCACUAAAGAUAGCAGCUAAGAAAAGAGAGAUGAGAUAUUCAGAUCUCAAAAAGAUCGAUAAAGGGAUAAGGCGACAUUUUCACGACGAUAUAACAGUUGUAGUGGUAUUUCUUGAUCAACCUUCAUCUAUUAAUAGGAGCUCCUUUCUUGGAAGAACCUUUUCACUAGGCCAUGAUGGAUCCAUACCCACCUCAUGUAAACCGGUAUUAUGAACAUUUCUAUGUUAUGUGCAAGAAAACAAACAAAAACAAAAAAAGCAGGUUAAGGAUAGGCAAAGUUUUUUUUUUUCUUUUUUCUUUUUUCUUUCAUGCUAUGUAAGUUUUAUGUUUAUGGAUUCAAGUAGGUAAUUAUUAAUGUAAAAUAACUACAGCUAUCAAUUUCAAAUUUGUAUUGGUUGA